CCGACAGAUGGCUAACAUGAAGCGUUUUGCUAGUCUUUGAAAAAAAGAAUCUGAUGUUUGAAAGCGCUCUCUGGGUUUAUAGAGAAAAAUGAAACUUGGAAAUCUAGUAAAAGUCUAGGAGUAACUUUGCUUUCUUGUUUUAGUUUUUCUGACUGCCUCUGAUCCUCUGACGUUGAAGCCUUGUGUCCAAAUGCUUUAGAUCUGAAGAAACGAAGCGAGUUCCCGCUAGUGCUAGAAAUCUUCAAAUUGAUGGUGUUGAGUUUUCAACAUCAGGGCUAAUCAUGAAUCCUGCUCUCUGGAAAACCUACAAAAGCAAGGUGCUGAAGACCUUCAAUGCAGACCAGGAGGAAGAUACUGCUGAACAGAACAAUGUGGAAGAAACUGCAGCGACACCAACUCAAACCCAAACCCCAACCCAAACCCAAACCCAAACCCAAACCGAGGAGGGCCCAACUUCUGUCGCUCAACUGGCCAAGAAAAUGCAGGGAGCCGGAGUGAAGGGCUGGAAGAGCGUGGCCUCUGUGUUUAACAAGGAUGAUGAACAUGAACUGCUGGCCUCAGAGAAAACCACCCCUGCUGCUGAUCACCCGCUGGCAGUUAAACCAGAGGAACCUCGCCAGGAGAAGAGAGCCACGGGAUUCUGGGACAGCUUUGCAGUGAAGUGGCAGCAGGCCUCCUCAAUGAAAGAGGGCGGCGAGGCCGAGCCACAGGAGAAAGAGGCUGCCCCAGAGGAGGGCAGGGAGGCCCGGGAGGAGGAGACCAGCAACACCCCCAGCUACACCACCCUGGGAGGCCCUGAGGAGACCACCUUCAAGUGGAGCUUCGUGACCAGCAAGCUGGCAGAGCUGAAAAGCAAAAGCAUUGUCAAGACUAACUAGCCCGUGUGACCGUCUAGGGGAGAGUGGCUUUUGCUUGUGGAUUGGUUUGCUAGCUCCAUGCACAUUUUGCUUGGGUGAGGGGAAGGUAUUUUGAAUAAUCUCCAGAAAAGGGGUCUGGGGGUCUGGACCUGAGUUUAGUGUGGGCAAGUGAGGGUCUUAAACUGCCCUCAUUCUCUCAAGGAGGGUGCUACGUUAUUUAGGAAAAUAACUAAGCAGUAUAAUUUCUAGAAUUUUCAUCUACCCACAAUAUAUGGGGUCACUUUAACAUUUUAUAAAUAUAUGGCAGAUUAUUUAAUUAUAUAUAAACAAGACAUUAUAGAGCUAAUUACACACAUUAGUAAAAACAUAUUAAAAAGUUAAGUUAAACAGUUGACUAAAUUUAAUGCCGGGUUCAAGUUUUUACUGUGGUCAGACCCCACACCUCCACACAAUCAUCGGCCCUGCCAUUUGUGCAAAGCUACCUGCUGCCAUCUGUUAACAUUCAAAAUUCCUUUCCUUUUUUUAUAGAUUUAGUUCGAAGAAGCCCUGGUAGUCAUACAAGCGUAGGCUCGCGGUUAAUUCUAAACUUAACGUGCAGUUUUAGUUUCAAAGAGCAUGUUCAUAUUCACUCUUUAAUUAUUAAACAGCAAUAAAACUUCUGCAGCUCCUCGGCCAGUGGCUGAGCAAUAGCUGAGCAGUGUGUUUAUCAGUAUCCUGCUAGUGACGGUUUCAGUUAUGUGCUGAAGCUUACUGAAGAAUUCUGUUUGCCUCUGUGCUGGUAUAGUUAGCAGAUCCACUUCAGAAUGCAUCCAGUUCACUGCAGCUGCACUGUGCUUAUCAUAUUAUGUAUUACAUGUGUGUACAGCAAAAAGUUAGGAUCAGGAAAAUAACUUUAACUUUGUUAAUGCAAGCUGCUUCAUCCAUAAUCACAGGGUCCAGCACAGAGACAGGCAGCAAACCAGAAUUAAUGCACCUGUAUUUUGAAGUGCAUCCAGUUUAUGAGCGUUGCUGUAUUUGUUUUUUGAAUAUGUUUGCAAACAAUGUUAUUACAGACUCUGAUCUGUACCAGAGACUGUCACAAAAUAAACAAUAAAAGCCACAGUUACUAAAAGGUUGAAAGGUGAAUAUUGGACAGGUUAUGCAUAUUAUCCUAUAAAGUAUUUGUUGCCUCUUCAUAAAAGCCUCCCAAUACAACUGAACUGUGCUGGUAAUAUAAUAUAUGUGUGGGGCUCCAUAUAAAGCCCCAGGGCAAUUAAUCCACCAAUGCAUAUUUAUUUUAAACCCAGUAACUAAAAUCCAUGGUUAUCAACAAUCCUUUAAUUAAGUCCUUGUUGUAUCACUGUGUCGCUGGUAGCAUCGUUUCCACACUGCUUUCACAUGCUUAUUGGAGAUGCUUGCCAGUGCUUUACCAACCUCUCACUUCACUGCGCCUCACUAUUCAUUUACCGUGUUUCUACCUUAUUCAGCUUUUUAAAGGUCAAUCACUAUAAUCGAUGGCUAGUAAAUAUCUUAUUCAGUUUUACACUUCAUACCCACUAACUGUGAUGUAUUUUGUAUGAUACAUUAAAUUAUAAAUAAACGUGUUUGAGAGGGCUCUAUUGUACAUGUUCACUGUUUUGACAUUCUUUUCUUUUCAUCAAACCUGUGAUUAU